UUAUUUCUCUUCUUCUCUUCUAACCCAACCAUUCAGACAAGCCUUUCUUCCUAUCAUCAUCAUCAUCCUCCGCUUUCGUCUCGGUAAAUUCUUACUUUCUUCUCUGUACCAAUCAAUGGCUUCUCCAUCUCAAGGCAGUCUUCUUCUACAAAAACAGCUCAAAGAUCUCUGUAAACAUCCCGUUGAUGGAUUUUCCGCCGGUUUGGUUGAUGAAAGCAACCUGUUUGAAUGGAGCGUCACUAUUAUUGGUCCUCCAGAUACCUUAUAUGAAGGAGGAUUCUUUAAUGCUAUUAUGACCUUUCCUCCGAAUUACCCAAACAGUGCACCAACAGUGAAAUUUAUCUCAGAAAUAUGGCAUCCAAAUGUGUAUGCUGAUGGAAAAGUUUGCAUCUCCAUCCUUCAUCCCCCUGGUGAUGACCCGAAUGGGUAUGAGCUUGCAAGUGAGCGUUGGUCUCCAGUUCAUACGGUUGAGAGCAUAGUUCUUAGCAUCAUAUCAAUGCUUUCAAGUCCUAAUGAUGAGUCUCCUGCAAAUGUAGAAGCUGCUAAAGAUUGGAGAGAUAGAAGGGAUGAAUUCAGGAAGAAAGUGAGUCGUUGUGUGAGGAAGUCACAAGAAAUGAUGUGAAAGAAGAAGACAGACCGGUGAUGAUGGCCUGCUCUGUUAAAAUUUGCUUGGCAUUUUUAUGUCAAUGAAGAAAGCAUACCUCUGCCCAUUCAUUAGGGUUCAUCAUCUGCUACCACCAUCCACUGUAAAAUAAAAAUAAUUUCAUGAAAAAAAAAAACUUUAGCCUUCUGUCGUGAGUUUGUUUGAACUAUAUGUGUUUUAUGUGAAAAAAGUUUGUUCUUAUUCUUUUAAAGAUACUAUUUCCUUGAUAAUAUAGAAGAACCAUUUCU